AUGCACAAACUAGCCAUGCUGAACGGUGGCGACAUCCUGACCAACGUUCCGUCGGCCCUCGGUGGGAAGGACGGGCAGCAGCAUCACCAUCACCGGGAGGUGGUGGCCCGGUGGCGUGUGCCAAUGUACGGUAAGGUGUACGAGAUCGAGUUCGAGCAUGGCACGGCCAGCGGUAAGCGAGUGCUGUGGAUCGACAAGCAGGAGGUGUUCCGACGUGACUGGAUGUUCAAGCUGGUCGGCGAGGACAUGUUCAAGCUGGAGGACAAGCGGUGCAUCAUACGGGUGGACCCGUUGCCCGGCUUCCGCUACAGCUACUCGCUGUUCGUCGAUGGGAAGUCGUACGAGCAGUUCACCGAAAGCCAGGCGAAAGCCCUCAAGACCUGGGAGACGAAGCUGGGCGACAAUUACUACCGCAUUGUGCUCGAAAAAAAUACUCUCAACAUCUACGUUAAUGGGAAGCUCAUUGAAGAAAAUGGAGAGUUCGUAGAUGGCGGCACCGAUACAACGUUUAUCGAGGACAACAACACGUUCGUACUGAGCGCUCGAACUAGCGGUAAUAAACGGGAGGGCAUCGUCCAUCGGUUGACGGUCAACGGUGUGGAAAUUCAGGAUUCGAGUUUGAUUGCCUAAGCGACACAACGAAUGGUACAUUAGGAUUGGAAGGAAGGAAAACCAAAGUCGUAUACUUUGCGGUUCAUGUUUCGUUUCA